UCAUGAAUAAAGUUUUUAUUGCACCUUUAUUAAGUUUCUUGAAAUACAUUAUCUCUACAAGAAAAACUUGGGCAAAAUGGCAGUCUGUAGUUAGGACACAUAAUUUAAAUACAAACCCAAAUAAUUUACAACAUUCAUAGCACAGUUAGGGAGACCUGAGAGUCAUGGAAGAGAAAGAUUGACUACUUAAAACAUUCUUCAUCAUACAUAUGACAUUUGAAAGUGAUAUGAAGACAGUGUUUCUGAAUGAAGUUUAUCCUGUAAAAUAUUCUAAACCCAGGGUGUGCAGUCUCAAGUCGUAAUGCUAUAGCAAAUAUGUGCAAUAUUGGGAAACAUUGGGAUUGUGUGUGUUUUUAAUCAACAUAUGACAUUGUCAAAAAAAUUGACAAAAAAAUACUAAAAUGUUGUAAUUUGAACAGACCAGACAAACCAUGUAAAGUUUGGUCUAUACUUGAUGUAAGUUAGUUAACAUCUCCAUCUUUUAACAUGUUGUCUGUUGCGUUAGCUAGCUUAGCCUGGUGUUAAAGUUGAUCCCAGCUGGUUGUUUUAUCCGAAAGACUUGCAAUUUUUUAAAUUCAAAGUUUGGUUUUGUGCAACUGGCUUUUCUCUAUUUGUCAGGCUUUAUUUAACCAGUUUGGUAUGGUUUAGUUACAGUAUUUCUUGAGUUGAUAAAAAAUAAAGCUCAGUCAAAGUUAAAAUAAGCUAGAAGUAAGCAGCUACUAAGGACGUUAGCUAGACUGUAAAAUGAGUAGUUAGCGACAAAAUGUCAGUAAGUCAGCAUGGUACUAAACUCAGAUCAGCUUUAUUUGUAUUAAUGUAGAUGAUACAUUAUUCUCAAAGCUAAAUCAAAAGCUAAAAGCUAAAAAAAAAAGUUCAAUGUUGUUUUUUGUUUAAAAAAGUUUAGUGUGUUUUGGGCGACCUUCAAUCUAGGAAAUACUUGAGUGACUAAUUUUGAUUGUUGUAUUGUUUUGUUUGCCAUGUUUUAUUAUGAUGACGAUAUUUAACUCUCAAGAAGAAUGUAUCACUAUUAAAUUAUGUUGCAGAAAGUAUUAGUUUGUCAAAUUCGCCAAUGUAUUUAUGAAGUAUAACCGAAGAGGUUGCAGUAAAGCAAGUUGCAAACCAAAAAGCACACUGGUCCAAAUUGGGUUGAAAGAAAAAAAAAAAUCACCAGAGGAAGAUAGUGUGCACAAAAGUUGUUCUGUUGCCUGUGAGUGUGGUGUCAGCCGGUCCCAGUCCCUGUGGCCCUCACCGUGCACUGUCCAAGCCUGACGGGAAACUGACUGCAGCUCAGGACAUGGCCUCGUUUGUUCACGGUCCCCCCUCUCUGAAAAGAGUUAUGCUGUCUGUUUUGAAUGGACAGCGUUUUUCUUUGUGUGCUCGAUCAAAACAGAGGGCAAAGUUAGUCAGCAAGUUGCAUAGCUUCUGCAUUCUGAUUCUUCAAGCCUCUUUUGUAUGAAGUUUAGCACAAUGUUUUACUCUGUAUUUGACCUGAAUGGCAUGCUGGAGGUAGGAACAUUUUUACUAACUACAAAAUAGAAAGGGGUAGAAUGUAAUUUUACCAUAUUACUCAUUCAUGUUUUUACUGUAGAACUAAACAACUAAAAUGAUCAUAUGGGGUUAAAAACUCAGCUAUAAUACACAAAAUGACAGAGUGCAGUGUUGCUGAAAUAUUUAUAUGCUUUUAUCUGAUCUAUUUCCUAACCACAAGGUAUUUGCCUGUGAAUCCCUGGCACUUUUGAUAUUACCUGAAGGCAAAUGGUAUAUAGAUUUAUACAAGUUAUUUACAACAACAGCCAAGCCAUUCCUCUGGAAACUAGGCUGCAGAUCAAAGGAUUGUUUUGAUCUCUACUUAGCAUAUUUGUUUAACCUAGCCAGUGAUUCUGAAAAGUGCACAAGCUUUUCGGUGAUAUGCAGAGCACCCUUUAUCCGUCUUUUUCUUCUGUUAGCUCUGGAUUUAAGUACUUUCUGUAUUUAGGAGACAACUGGAUUUGCCAGCUUUUGAAAUUUAGUUGCCCACUGCUAGCAGUCUUGGCACUCAGAAAUAGAUAACUAGGUAUGUUCCACUGCUAAUCCUGAUCGGCCUUGUAAUAGUAUUUGCGGACUGUACAGCACUCAAUUAGGGCAUAAUGUGCUAUUUUUAUUUCCUUUAAGUUGGAUUAAAUGUGAAAACAUGUUUGUUUUUUUUCAGUUUCCAUCUACUGUUUACUGUGUGGGUACUUUGCAAAGUAUUGUUUUAUACUGUUUCAAUCACUACCGUUCUCUCCACACAGGACUGCAAAAUGUCAGGAGAAAAACAAUGUCCAAGCGCUCUCUAAAAAAGAUGCCAGGGCAAUCAGGAAAUUUUCUGGAAUGCUUAAGAGAAUGCAUAUGCACACAAUGCCCUAAUUCUCUCUUACUUUGGGUUUGGGAAAGAUGAGCCCAGGUUUAUUGAGAGCCAAAAAAGGGGGCAGAUGGCUCACAAGAGGGAUAAACCUGGGAAGUCAUGCUGUAAAUGUGUUUUACAGAAAACAAUGAAAGGAGCGGACAAAGCGAUUGUGGCAAAGUCCUUUGGAAAAUGGAAAAGCAGCUCUCUAAGGUCCAGGACCAUGGAGAAGCCGGAUGAGCCGUCCGAGGAGAGUAAGGAGGAGAACCUAUCCAACUGCACCUGUGAAGCCCCCCAACUCGGCAAGAAACCAGUUGGUAAAAAGAAUGAAUUACAUGAUCACCUCCUGAGAGAUAAGAAGUGUGAAAGCAUCAACCAGGGUGGACAGUGUGGAUCUGGCAUCUUAUCCUACAGAGCGCUCGGAAAACAACAAUCAAAGAUGGAUUCUGACGGUGAGGACCAAACCCUGAAAACAUGUAACAGCAGCACAGGGCUGGCCGACUGCAUCACUGAGACUCACAGCCCAUAUGGGUCCAUGGCUAGGAAGAGGAGUGCACAGGAAGGGGUGCAGGGCGCCCCCGUCAACAAGAGAAAGUCCCUGCUGAUGAAGCCCCGCCACUACAGCCCCAGCGAGGCAUGUGAAGAGGAGAGUGAGGACCUGGCACUGCCACAGGACAAAGACGAGCUGAGGAACAUUGACACUCCAGCAGAUGGAAACUUAAAUGCAGUCAAUGGAGUGGCCAACAGAAACAGCUGCCGGGACGUGGCAGCAAAGUCAAACGAUUCGCUCGGAUGGUCUGAAGUUACAUCUAAUGGCUCUCCACAGUGUGAGGUCGACACACCCGAACCUCUGAUAGAUGAAGACGAAGAGGAGCUCCUUAACAACGAAGAGGAAGACCAAAGUCAAGACAGGAUGAGCGGUUCACCGUCACCACAGAGUCCGUACAGAGACAUGAGGGAAGCUGAAUGGGAGCCUCUGUCUUUGUCUGCCAAGGUGAAUGGCUCCAACUGCAGCCCCUCCGGAGCCUCUGAAGACCUUUCAGGCAGGAACGGCCAUGUGAAAGAAGAGCCUCACGCAGAACUAGGUGGUCCGAUGGGUAGAGGAAGCAUUUUUCAGGCCGAGGCACUGAGAUACAGGCCGCUCCCCACAGAGGAGGACAGCGAAGGGGAGUCAGAGAUGGAGAGGCCACCUCGGCUGGAGGGCUGGGCGCUGGGCCUGCACGAGAGAGGCCUCGAAAUGAGUCGAGGCAGAGUGAACUUCAGCCUGUUAGAGCAGGCCAUAGCUCUGCAGACAGAGCAAAGACAGGUCCUGCACCACGCCUACAGGGAGAUGGACCGGUUCCUCAUGGAGCAGAUGACCAAUGAGAGAAGGCACCAUAGGAUGAUGGACAUGGACAGCAGGCUCAACUAUCAUGGAGGAAAAGAUUCUCCACGGACAGAUAAGAAGGAUAUAAAGUGUCCAACUCCUGGCUGCGAUGGCACUGGUCAUGUGACCGGCCUGUACCCACAUCACAGGAGUUUGUCUGGAUGUCCUCAUAAAGUCAGAGUUCCUCCAGAGAUCCUGGCCAUGCAUGAGAACGUCCUCAAGUGCCCUACACCCGGGUGCACAGGAAGAGGCCAUGUCAACAGCAACCGUAGCACCCACCGGAGUCUCUCAGGCUGCCCCAUCGCUGCUGCAGUGAAAGUCUCCAAACCUCAGGACGAGAGCCUGAAAUGCAGACAAACACCUGAUCGCUCACCGAGAAACAUCGGCUUGAUAAAGAAGUUCGAGAUGAACCAGUUAAACUACAGGCUCUCUCAUCCAGUAGCAGCCUUGCAAACGAGCCUCACAAAAGACAUGGACAAGUACAGCAGAAUCCGCUUUGAUUACGCUAGCUUUGAUGCACAGGUCUUUGGGAAACAGCCUCUGAUGGGGACCAACCAGGACCAGGAAAUCUCACAUUUCCCCGAUUCACCUCAGCAGUAUCCUGGCUUUCUUGGUGCUCCAGGUGGCCGCUUGCCCACCUCCGGUCAACACAGCCCACCGAGUCAAUUCAAAAAAGAAGACGGUCUCCAAGCCGCCGCAGCGACUGCCGCCAUCCUUAACCUCUCCACUCGCUACCGGAAGAACAUGGAGGCUGUUGCUGGCCGGCCCUUGGCAACCUCCACAAAGGACAUGCUCAUAGAAGUGGAUGAAAAUGGGACCCUGGACUUGAGUAUGAAGAAAUGUAAGGAUAACGUGAAGGCCCAGACAAAAACACCUUCAGACGACCCGAUGUCUCCUCCCGAGUCCACUGUGGCCAAAGGCGGGAGCGUGCUCAUCAGCCCCGCCUUCUACCAUCCGCUGUGUGAGAGAGACAGCUGGGAGAGCCCCAUCCCUGUUAACUUCAGCAAAGCACACGUUUUACAGGACAAAGAGCCGGAGGAUUUUGAUCAGGUCUCCUUGGAGGACCAACACUAUCAAGGAGACGCUAGCAUGAAGAGCUCCAAAGCCAAGCUGCUAUUACGAGAUUCAAAGAAGGAGCUUUUGAGCUGUCCGACCCCAGGCUGUGACGGCAGUGGCCAUGUGACGGGGAAUUAUGCAUCACAUCGGAGUGUGUCUGGAUGUCCCCUGGCUGACAAAACACUCAAAUCACUGAUGGCAGCCAACUCUCAGGAACUAAAGUGCCCAACACCUGGUUGUGAUGGAUCUGGACAUGUGACUGGGAACUAUGCUUCGCACAGAAGCUUGUCAGGAUGUCCACGUGCCAGAAAGGGAGGUUUGAAGCUCACACCAAACAAGGAUGAAAAAGAUGAGCAAGAGCUUAAGUGUCCAGUAUUUGGAUGUGAUGGACAGGGCCAUAUAUCGGGAAAAUACACAUCCCACCGCAGUGCAGGCAGUUGUCCACUUGCUGCCAAAAGACAGAAGGAGUCGUCCAUCAAUGGGCUGCCCUUUGCCUGGAAGGCCAAUAAACAGGAAUUGCCCCAUUGUCCCUUGCCUGGCUGCAAUGGCCUUGGACAUGCCAAUAAUGUGUUUGCCACUCACAGAAGCUUGUCGGGUUGCCCACUGAACGCACAGAGUAUCAAGAAAAAGCACUCAGAGGAAGAGAUGACUAUCAAACUGAAAGCCAGCAGCGGUGUUGAAAACAAAGAGGACAUUCAACACUUGGAUCAUGAAAUAAAUGAACUGAAUGAAUCCAACAUGAAAAUAGAGGCAGAUAUGAUGCAACUCCAAACCCAGAUCUCGUCAAUGGAAUGUAACCUGAAGACAAUUGAAGAGGAGAACAAGAUGAUCGAACAGCACAAUGACAGCCUUCUGAAGGAGCUCGCUCGCCUUAGCCAAGCCCUCAUUAACAGUCUAACAGACAUUCAGCUGCCUCAAAUGGGACCCAUCAGUGAGCAUAAUUUUGAAGCCUAUGUGAACACAUUAACUGAUAUGUACAACAACUCGGAGCAUGAAUACUCUCCAGAGUGCAAGGCCCUCUUGGAUAAUAUCAAACAGGCUAUUAAGGGCAUCCAUGUUUAAGCUGUAGAGCUACCAAGAGGUUUCUUUGACUUGGGAUAAUGGCACUAGAUAGCUCUAUUUUACUGAAGAGUGCUGGCUUGGCUGCAUGUAUAAGACAAGGCUUUUGGAAAUGUGUUUGGCAUUUCCCGGUAAAUACACUGCACUGAGAAAAUUACCAGCCAGAUUUGUAAUGCUUUUACUGUUUCUGCAUUCACUUGAUAUGUUUAUCCUGGUGAGAUUUUUACUCCUCUUGCACUUAAUUAUUUUGUAUGGUUUGCUUGAUUUUAAUCUGUAUGUGUUCAUGUCAUUCUUAUAUUACCGCUAUUUAUUAUUAUAUUUGUUCAUCAGUGUAUUUAUUUCCUCAAUUUUUAUUUAUUUCUAGAAUUGUAAAUGCUUAAUAUUUGAAAAAAAAAAUCUGUUGACUUUCUGCACAUUGUAAAUUACAUAGAAGCACAUUCCAAUUUCAUGGCAUACUUUCGCCAUCUAGUGUUGAAAAACGUAUAUUAUUAGACCCUAAGUUGGAUCUCCCUUGAAAGUAAAACCUACCAAAACUACUAAGCAUUGAUAUUUUUAAGCAUUGCUUUUGCUUUCUAUUCUUUAUUGGAAACUGAAUGUAUGGUAAGACAAAGUGAACACUGAGAUCAAAAAAAAAAAAAAAAAAAAUGCAAUGCAACUGUACUGUACCUUUUUUUUUCUCUUAAACCAAUAACAGCUGAAUGCAAGCAGGAGGUGACACUGAGCAAACAUGCAAUGUAUCAUUCAGUGAACUGAAUGUCAGAAUCUGCUUUGCAUAGCGUGCCACAAGAAGAGUGCAACAAAAAUCCACUUUGUCGAGAUGUCUUUCUUUUUUUUUCUUUCUUUUUUUUUUUUUUAAAUAUAGAUAUUAAACUGCCUUCUGUGCACACACUUUGGAGUGUGCAUAUAGUAUGUGCCUAAAUGUAUAUGAAUCCAUAAAAAUAUACGAGUACUAUGUUUUGUGGUAGGACAGUAUUAUGUGGAUGGUGUCUAAUUUAUUAUACAGUACAAUUAUUUUCAUAGGAGGAAAUGUUCCUGAUGACUGUUUAAAUACUGUUGUCUCAGUAGCUGUAAUCUCAAAGUCAGGUUUUGAAAUAUCAUGACUGAGACUGAAGAGUCUGGUGUUUAUUUUAACUUUUUGUUAGCAUGGAGAGGUACAAAAAAAAAGAGGAAGGAGUGAAUUAAAAACAAACAUCUACUCCUGUUUAUCUUAAACUGCUUACAAGCCUUAACAUUUCAACCAGUCUUACAGUUUGAAUAUUCUUGUAAAAGCUUGGGGCAGAUUUGAAUAGUAGCUAUUUCAAAACCGAGCGGACUACCACUACAACUUACAUUUCAGUUUCAAUCAUUAAAUUAAAAAAAAAAAAAAAGAAAAGAAAUGAAAACAUAGACAAAUGAUAGUUGUUGGCUAAUCAGUUGUUUGUCUGCAUCAAUUGCACUUUUGUAUUUCAAUUAUUUUGUAUUUUUAGUUCACCACACUGCCCUUCAACAAAAAGAGGGAAAUGGGACAAUGUAGUCAUAUCACCGUAUUAUAUACAGGUCUCAAUUUUACAUGAGGUUAAUAAAAAAAAAAAAGACAGUAAUUUGAGCAAUACAUUUUUCAUUUCUGCAAAGAGAAGUCAAAGACAUGUAGCCUAGGACAUUUCGAAGAAAAAAAUGUAACAGCAAAAGAGCCAAAUUACAGAAAAACGUAUGACCCUAUUUUAUCCAAAUACUCAAAUAUGUUUUAAAGAAUUUUAAUCUUUUAAAUUUGAAUCACAUUCUUUAAACUUAACAAUCCUUUAUUUAUAAUUUCUUAUAUUUAAUUCCUACACCACACAUUGUUUGCUCAGGAAGUUUUGUGAAUAAUAUUUAUUUUUCCCUAUUAGUAUUUGAUGUUUUGUAAUGUGAAAUGCUUUUUUGUGGAACGAUAUUAGUAUGAUAUGAAAUUGUAUUGUAUUUUCUUUUCUUUUACAUUAAAAUGUAAUGCUUUUUCAGUUUACGUAGUUUGUAAAUUGAAACUUCCUAUUACUUUUACUAUUUCAUAAUAAACAGAUAUGCGCUGUGUUGUACAGUUUGUGUAUGGUAGAAAUAAACUUUUCAAAUGGU